AUGGCCACUUCCGACUUGGUAAUUGAAGCAGACACCGGAUUUGUGCGCGACAUACGGUCUCCUGGCUCAUCAGAUCUCGUCAUAAGCUGUGAAAAUUUGCAACGAUUUAUAGUGGCCGGAGAAGGCUUGUUCUCUUUCGAUGAAGAUAUGCUGCCAGAAAAAGAAGCGGAUAGUUUAAAUGAGGGUUCUUCAGCUUUAGAUCUGUUUUGCGAUAUUCAAUCCGACGAUUCUGGUAAUUUUGAUAUGUCUCAGGCGCAUUUGACUUUUAGUGGAGGCAGUGCUGGUAUAAUUGGAAAAACAGGACAUCCUGAAAAUCCAUGGGUCGAGGAGAAAGAUUUGCAUACGAACUCAGUAGAAAUGGAAGAAGAUGUAGAAGCGGAAGCUAUCAGAAAAACGGAAUCUUUGGCAUAUGGCUGCUCACUUCCAAUAACGAUUCCUUCCGGUCGUUUUUGGCCACCGCGCAAUGUUAUUGAUAGAAAUGAAGGCAACGAGAUGCUUGAUUUUGAUGAGAACUGUGAAGUGAUUGACAAAACUAUUUUGCCUCAGCGCCCUCCAAAGGAUCUCUUUAGCCAGAUGCGUGCCCAGGCUCGUUCAAUUCAGGCAAUUGACAAUCCGGAGCGUUUAUUUGCCGAGCUUCCCUCACGACGUCGUUACGAAACGGGUCAGGGAUGGUUUACAUCUCAGGUGACUGCACCAUUGCAAAUAUACCCUGAAAGUGCUACUGCUGCGGUGGAAGUUGUGCCUUUUGUAGAAUAUAUCAUCUUUUCUUGGGACUUCCUACAUGGAAAUGUAGAGUGGAUAUUCGUCGAAACUGGAGAUAUAAGCAAGUUCCAAGAACAUACGGGUCCAUAA